GCGUGGCGGCAGUUGCUUGGGCGGGGCCGGUAGCGGCGGGAGCUGCACUGGCCAGGGGUUCCGGCUGCAUUUCCAUGAGCGCCGCCGGCAGCCGCGGAGCUGCAGGAACCGGGCUGGGGGCAAAGCCGGGCCGCGGUAGUCAACCACGCGCAGCUUUUAGGUUAAUUUGAAUAGGAGAUCUGACCCAAGCGGCCCAGCUUUACAACUCUUCAAGGACAGUCAAUAUUUGCAGUAGAGAGGAAGAAGGGACAUAGGUCAAGAUGAAUGCCAUGCUAGAGACCCCCGAGCUCCCGGCCGUGUUUGACGGGGUAAAGCUGGCUGCCGUGGCUGCCGUGUUGUAUGUGAUCGUCCGCUGCUUGAAUCUGAAGAGCCCCACAGCCCCGCCUGACCUCUACUUCCAGGACUCGGGGCUCUCACGCUUUCUGCUUAAGUCCUGCCCUCUUCUGACCAAAGAAUACAUUCCACCAUUGAUCUGGGGGAAAAGUGGACACAUCCAAACCGCCUUGUAUGGGAAGAUGGGAAGGGUGAGGUCGCCACACCCCUACGGGCACCGCAAGUUCAUCACCAUGUCCGACGGAGCCACUUCGACCUUCGACCUCUUUGAGCCCUUGGCUGAGCACUGUGUUGGAGAUGACGUUACCAUGGUCAUCUGCCCUGGAAUUGCCAAUCACAGCGAGAAGCAGUACAUCCGCACCUUCGUUGACUACGCCCAGAAAAAUGGCUACCGGUGCGCCGUGCUCAACCACCUGGGUGCCUUGCCCAACAUUGAGCUGACCUCACCGCGCAUGUUCACCUACGGUUGCACCUGGGAAUUUGGAGCCAUGGUCAACUACAUCAAGAAGACAUAUCCCCAGACCCAGCUGGUCGUCGUGGGCUUCAGCCUGGGUGGUAACAUCGUGUGUAAAUACUUGGGGGAGACUCAGGCAAACCAAGAGAAAGUCCUGUGCUGCGUCAGCGUGUGCCAGGGCUACAGCGCUCUGAGGGCCCAGGAGACCUUCAUGCAGUGGGAUCAGUGCCGACGCUUCUACAACUUCCUCAUGGCUGACAACAUGAAGAAGAUCAUCCUCUCACACAGGCAAGCUCUUUUUGGAGACCAUGUUAAGAAACCCCAGAGCCUGGAGGACACAGACUUGAGCCGCCUCUACACAGCCACAUCCCUGAUGCAGAUCGAUGACAACGUGAUGAGGAAGUUCCACGGCUAUACCUCCCUGAAGGAAUAUUACGAGGAGGAAAGCUGCAUGCGGUACCUGCACAGGAUCUAUGUGCCUCUCAUGCUGGUUAAUGCAGCUGAUGACCCCUUGGUGCACGAAAGCCUCCUAACCAUUCCAAAAUCUCUUUCAGAGAAACGGGAGAACGUCAUGUUUGUGCUGCCUCUGCACGGGGGCCACCUGGGCUUCUUUGAGGGUUCCGUGCUGUUCCCCGAGCCGCUGACGUGGAUGGAUAAGCUGGUGGUGGAGUACGCCAACGCCAUUUGCCAGUGGGAACGUAAUAAGUCCCAGUGCUCUGACACUGAGCAGGUGGAGGCCGAGCUGGAGUGAGGCCUCCCGGACUCUGGCGCGGCCCAGCCACCUCCCCUGGAACCCGCGUCCCCCAGCGGCUGUUUCAGGUCCCCCAUCUCCCUCGGUGACCUGGAUCUGACCUCAUGCCAUCAGCGGGGACAACCCACCAGGCAUACCUGUGCCGGAGUAGGCCUCCGUCCCUGGGAGCUCCAGGCUAUUUUUUGUGCUUAGUUACUGGUUUUCUCCAUUGCAUUGUUAUCCAUGGUGACAAGCGACAGGGUUCUCACCCUCCUGUCCACUUUCAGCGUUUGAUUGCUUUUAAGCCAAUUACAUCUAGUUUCCCUAUUAAAAAUGUGUCUGAACAGCAGUUUUGCUUUGCCAAUCAAAAAGGCUUGUCCCCAAGAGCAGUGAAGGAUGUAUGCUAUUCUGUUGUGGUCGUGUGUGUCCUUACGGAGACCCUGGUGAGCCCUCGCCCAUCUAGGCCGAUGCUGAAGAGGCAGGUCAGCUUGGGAGUGAAGCACCUGGGCCUCCCACGCUGCCGUGUGGCUCCUCACGUGGCCAAGAAAGUUCCCUGGAGUCACGAGCCAGGUUCCUCCCUUACAGUCUCCUAAGACAGUCUCCCCACACCUUUGCCAACGAUGAGAGUUACCUGGGGCACUUGUUAAAAAUUCAGCCUCCCAGGUCCCUCCCCUGGGAGAGGCCAAUACAGUGGGUCUGGGAAGGGGUCUGGAGAUUUUAAUUUUUGACAAGUGCCCCCGGUGAUCCUCAUCACAGGGCAAAUUUGGGAAACACUGUUCUACUGCAGGGCCUUUCAACGAGAAACAUCUCGGUAGCUCAUUUUAUGGAAAUGUAUGGGUAGACGUGUCCCUUAGCUCCCAGGGGUCUCCAAAGCAGCAGCCCCUGUCCUGUCCAGCUGCCCUGGCAUGGCCACAGUGUGAUGUCUCGGGAGAGGGCCUGGUGGGGAGGGAAGGGUCUCGGUGACACCGGACUCUGCCUUUCCCUGGCUGUAUGACCCUGGACAAGUCCCUCUGAACUUUCGUUUCUUCACCGAUAAAACGGGGAACUUGGACCAGGCGGAUGGCCGAGACCGCUGCCAGUUCGAAUGAUCCAUGACAAACUCAGCUCGCUGAGGUUUGAGAGAACAUCCCUCCAGGGAAGCCUGGGAGUUACUCUCCUCGUCUACACCUGUGGAUGUCAUCAUUUGCCUUUUUUUCCUGUCCCUCAUUUUCAUAGAAAGAGGUGUUUGGGGUUUUGGGGGUUUUUUUAGACAUUCAAUGGUAAUUUUACUUUUUUAACCCAAGUCUUUCUAGCUCUGGCUUUUGAUAACCAAACAAUUCGAAAGCUGGAUCUGAGUUUGGAGAAAGAUCUUUCCAACCGAAAAGGGUGUUAUUUUGAAACCAGAUUUUUAAUUUAAUGGCCUAUAUUUAUAGUCUGUUGGAUAGAUUUUUCCAAAAUGUGUCUUUUCAAAUGAAAAUGUUAUUCGAGGUUUCAAGUACUCCUUUUCUCCAGUCCUGUGGUACUUGAAUAUCUAAAAACCCUGCACUUUGAAAAAUCAGCAGUUGCUAUCUGGAACUAAAUGGAACUAUGAGUGAAAUUGCCUGGAUACACUUUUUUUUUUUUUUUUUUUUUUUUUUUUAGUGUCCUUGCUUCAUCUCCUUUGCUCCAGGACAGAUAGGAUUAUAAAUAGUGGGUCUGUGUGGAUGUUUCAGGGCUAAAGGGAGCCACCCGAGGGCCUGGAUGUGUCCCUCACGGGUGCAGGUGGAUGUGGUUUGGGUGUCGGUCCAAGUGACUAUGACGGUCUGCAACCUGAAGUUGUUUUCUGACAAUCACCAGAUCAUCCUAAUCAAUACCAUCGAGAACAGCCAGUGUCUCAAAAGAUUGAGACUUCCGUGGUCCCCACGAUUGCUUUGUUGUAAUCACUUACACCAAAUUCGUCAUUGUGACUCCCCCCCCACCCCCCAACUGUUAUUUUUCUGGUACAUUUCCUUUCCAUGUUCUUUUAGCACAAAUUGGCACUUUAUCAUCUACCCCCUCCAUUUGGAAGCUGGUCCCCUCCCCUCCAUUGCUUUUCCCCCCCUCCAGCUCUGAUCUAGAAGAUUCAUAGUCCUGUUUCCUACAGACCCUUUGUGAAAGUAGGUAAACAAAGCAGUAACUGAAUGGGGCGGAAACACCAUCCCAGGAAGCGAGAGGUGCCUUUGCCUUUGCCUUAGGUCACAUCUCUUGAUCUGUUUUGACAGAGUAGUGGCCAGGUACCAGCUCCAUUCAGGAAGAGAAAAGACAGUCCUGUUGUCGCACCCCGGGGGGCUUGGGGGCUUGGCCAGGGACCAGAAGUCCCUGGGGCCUGGUGAAGGAGAGGCAGGGCCUGGGGCCUGGCCUUUGUCACCACACGACCGGAAUUUACCCCACAGGACUGUGGGGGCCGCUUCCCAGCUGAAAUCUUUCUAGUGUGUGACUCUGAAUGGCACUCACAUUCCAUUUUGGCUCACAUGAAAUUAACUGAAGUCCUUUGUUCGGGCUUCAGGCUCUCAGGCAUGGAAAUGAGAAUGUGACCGUGGCGGUCUUACAGGAAAAUUCUUGUUUGUCCGUGAAUGAGAGCACAGAGGCAUUGAAUUUACAGAGAUGCAAACCUGCCUAAUAAACAAGGGAGCGGCAUUUUAUAUGUAGGUCAGCUUUUUCCUUCCUCCAGCUUUCUUUGCUUUUCUUCCUGAAGUCAUUCAUUCCUGAUGAUAAUGGGAGCGCUCUUCUUGCUAUGAAGGUCCUCUUUGGCCUAACACAGGGCCGAAUUUUCAAAAAGUGUUCGAAUAUUUUAAAAAUCAGAAUAAAGAUAGAAGUUGCAUGGACCUAGACAAUCCUGUCGCAGGGGUAACACAUUAAAAACCAAGGAGGAAAAGCACCCACAUUUCUUCUGGCCGUACUCCCUGCCUCUCAAACAAUUUGAAGACCACUAAUGAGUAACGGAUCCUGGCCAAAUUAAGAUUAUCUAGAAAAUGAUGUCACGUCCCCUUGAUACAUUUUGUUAGGAGGAAGUUUAAUAGACUUCAGGAAAAGCCCUUCUCUUCCCUGCUGUGAUUCCAGAGCAGAAUGAAAGCAGGGAGUUGUUUGGUGUCACUAGAUUCUUUUAACCUCUGUGCAGCAUUAUGCACUUGCAGGGAACCCUGUGACAUACCCUAAGAGGGGAAAUAUGCCUUGAAAGAGGAGCCUUCCUUUCUUGACCCGGUGUUAGGGAGCCAGGGUCCAAGAGACCUGGGUUCUCAUCCCAACGGUCUCUAAUUCACAUUGGAUUGAGGGCAGUCACUUCACCUCGCUGAGCCCCAGUGCCCUCACCUUAGACCACUUGAAGACCAGUCAUCUAUUUACACAUCAUUUGCCUGAGCGUUCCCACCUGCCUUCCAUGGCCCUUGCAAGUGGCAGUGGCUCUGCCGAGGCUCCAGCCUCAUCUUGGGGGGAGGGGGGACUUGGAGAGAGGGAGCUUCUGCAUUAAGCCUUUGCCGGUGAAGACCCUUGAUAUGACCCAAAGCCCUGUGUCUUUGAGUGGCUUCUCUUCAGAAUCUCUGUUGCCAUCUCAAUACCCUUGCUGUCCCAAGGGUGGUCUUGUGACCAGGACAGGUGCUGACCAUCGGAAUAAGGCGAAUGUCCCCAACCUUCCGUGGGACUCAGGCAGAGCUUUGAGAUUCACAGUCCUGUUUCCCAGGGCAGAAAUCCUUCCCGCUCAGGCUUUCAUUCUGAAACCACAGCCUUCCUUAAAGCCGAGCCUUCUGGAUAGCUGAGCUCCGAUGCCUGACAUCUGAAUGAGGGCUCCCUUUGUAACUGUGUGACUUGAGAUCGCCUUUGCCAGCUCCAGAGAAACAAUGUGUGGGUUCUUGUUUGUGUUUGCCAGGCAAGCAGAUGUCUGAGAUGUGGGGGGCUUUUCUUUUCCUGUGCCAUCGAUUCUUAGAGCCCAAGAUCCCUGGAACGUCGUAUGGAGUCCAAAGAACUCAGGGCUUUGUCCUCCAGGCAUUUCUCACCACAGCAUGCCACCCCCCCCCCCCAGCAUCAUCUGGCAUAGGAUGCCCACCAUCAUCACCCAGCGCAUUGUUCUCUGUGCCCAGAAAGCCUCACCUUGCCCCUAGAGGAUUCCCUGGUGUUCCAACGAUACUGUGGCACUGGAAUUCAAAUUCUCUUGCUGUGGCAGUUUGAAGCAAAGCCACAGCAAAGCCAGAGAAUCUCUUCAUGUGGCCUGUGUGCUCCUCGUUAUGCCAGGCACCCCCCCCCCGACAGUACUCAUGAUUCAGAACUGGCUAAAUGUCUUGUCCCCCCACCCCACCCGCAACGCCUUUCUAAUGAACAGGCUGGAGUCCGUUUCGAACCAGGGGGUAAGUCUUCUACCUUGACUCCAGUCAGUUAGUAAUGAAAUCUAGAACCUACCUUCUCCCCAUUCUGGUCCCCACUAGCCAAGAAAUCUAUUGCCAUAAACUGGGCACAGUCCACUUCUGGCACCUCCAGAGAGACCCUUCAUCUCAGAGGCCUGCUCCUUCCCGACCACCCACAUUGAGGAGUCCCCAGUCACUGAGAAUAAUUGCUGACCCCCUCGGUCCCAGCACCGGCCGCUUCUCUCCCAGACCGUUCCCGGGGACCUGGUCCAUCCUGGGGGUAGGACUUAGGUUUUGUCUGGCUUUUGUUUUGGCCUCUUCCAUUUUCCUAAAGCACAAGUCCACGUAGAGUCCUGUCACCUCUCCAUACCAGUUCCAGAGAUGAUGUGGGUCUCUCCCACUGCCUCAGGAAGACCUUCACUGUACCUGAGCUUCUGACUUCUGCUGUUGCAGCUGCCUUAGCAACACCAGGGCGGGGGGGCGGCAGGGGGUGCCAGUUUCAUCUCUCCUUUCCCUGGUUGGACUCGCUCAACCACGUUCUUCGGUUGGCAGCUCUGCCUCCAGGUUGAUUUUUGAGAACCAUCACGCUCACAUUCCUAAUUUUUGGUUUGGUUUGAUUUUCUGAAACAUCCGAUGCUGCCCUGAAAAUCAUGUGUUUUUGAGUUUGUGUUCUGAAAGCCUCCAUGCUGCCGGAUUUUGGGGGAUCCUCCAGCACAGGGGCAUAUAAGAUUUGCAACUAGCAAUGCAAUUUUUUCUAAAUAUGAGGAUAUUUACCUUUAUUAAGAAAUGAUACUAAACAACGGUGUCCUUGGUCAUUUUAUGUUCUCAUAUUACUUUUGGCUCUAUUUUGAUUCUGUGUGGUGGUAAACAAAGAUCAUUACAAACAAAAACUGUAAUUUUGUUAUCUUUGAUUCAAUGGAAUUUCUUUACUUAAAUAAAAGGCUAAAAAUG